CAAUUACGCUCCAACAUCAACGUUUCGUUGCUGGAGGAAUGCAGAUGUCAAGGCCCACAUUCAUCCGAAGAAUGAGUGAACUUGGGUUUGCGUCUUACUCUCCAGCCUGUAAGCCUGCUCUCACGGACAAGCAAAAGGCAAACCGACUGAAAUAGUGCAGAGAAAAGGUCAACUGGACCAUGGAGCAAAGGAGAUCUGUGAUUUGGUCUAACGAAUCGCGAUUUUCGGGGUGAUUGGCAACAAUGGAUGUAUCCGCGCUAUUAGAAAAGCCAACGAGAGGUACCUGGAGCAGCAUAUGCUCGAAACCCACAAGUAUGGCAAAGGCUCCAUCAUGGUUUGGGAAUGCUUUUGGGAAGGCGGACUUGGUUCCUUUGGUGACUCUCACUGGCAAUGUCGAUCAAGACAAGUAGGUGGACUGCCUAGCCAACAGGUUUCUUCCCUGGUACCAGGAUCUCAUCGAAAGGACUGGGAAGGAAUUUAUUUUCUAAGAAGACGGCGCUCCGUGUCCUACUGACUUUAUGCCACCUGGUAUAAGAAAAAGAGAUGCGAUGUCAAGAGCUUUCGAUUUUUGGCCAGCGCAGAGCCCAGAUUUCAAUCCACCUUUUAUGAGAUGUCGCAGAUCUACAUUACUAAUAAAUGUCCCUUCUGCGCCAUCUCGAACAUGCUUGGGCUUAUAUUGCGUAUA